CGGCGUUCCAUAGGAGACACUGCAAAGCUGCAAACCAGCUUUUUUUCCCCGUUUUCGUCCGAAGCUGCGGAGAACAUGGCCGAACAGGACAGUGGGCAGGUUAAUUCGUCUAGUUAUGCCGAGUGGUGGCGCUACUAUUGUCAGUACGCUCAACAUGCACAAGCCGCUCAAGCCCAACAGACCCAGGGACAGGCAUCCACGUACAGCACUAGUACUACAACAGCCGAACAAGAAACAUAUCAAGUAAACUACUCAGCCUACCAACCAAGCUACUCUCAGGUGCCCCUAACUUCAACAGUUACAACGACAAAUAGCUAUAAAGAGGCAAACAAGGAGGGAAGUGAUUAUUACGCAUCUUCGUAUGGUUAUUAUUCAGCUGUACCAAGUGGGGUUGAACAUAAUAAAGUGCAGGAAGCAACUGCUAAUUAUUCUUCUGCCGAUGGUGUUGGAAGUUAUGCAAAUGACAAUGCUCAAAAUGCUCAAUUGGAGAACUUACAAAAGUUAGUUGCACAAAGUGUGGCUGAAGCUGUAUUAAAAGAAUGUGCAGAAAACUUUUCACAGCAACCCAAGUUUGACAAAAUGCUGCCGGACAUGGAAUAUGAUAGGAGCAGACGCUGGGAAGGGUCAUGGAGGGGAAGGGGUGGUAGAGGAAGGGGAAAGAAUGGACAUUCAUAUUUCGAUAAUCGUCAUCAGAGGAGGGAUUACCAUAAUAAAGACGAUGGUUACUGGAAUAAACGUAAAUUUAAUGAUGGCGUUGGGGAUAAUUUUCAUCCCAGGCGACCUGACGGAGGACAUGGAUUUAGUCCAGGUAGACAUCCUCGUGAUGCUUUUAGAUCAAAUCGAUAUGAUGGCAGCAAUCCUGGAAUGGAUAAAUCACCAUUCCAUGUGCGCCCUCUAGGACCCUCCAAUCCCGCAGCUGUAGUACAACAGCAGAUUGAGAUGAUGAUGAAAGGUGAGAAGAAUAAACGACCUCGAGUUUAUGCACCUCCUCCCAAAUCUUUGACUUCUCAAAUCUACAAUGCAAUGAAACAUCCUAUGUCAGAUAAAUUAAAAACUGGAGAAAAUAAAAAUGAGGAAAAAGACCCAUCAAAAAAUGAUGAUACGCAACAGAAUCAAGAAAGUACUGGAUCAAAAGAAGAUGAUGAGACGGAGUCUUCACUUCCACUUGGUUACGAUCCGGAAAAGAAAUAUGGGGAGGACUACAUCCAAGAAGUGAAAGCUUUUCAUUGUCAUCUUUGUGGGGUUUUAUUAAGAUGGAAAUCUGAAGUUGAGGAGCAUGUCAAGACUAUUUCACACUACCGUGUUUUCAGAAAUUGUGAAGAGUGUAAGAAUACAGACAGCAAAGAAGUUUUAAGUUCAGAGAAUGAAGAAAACAAACAAGUGGAACAGAAUUAUGUUUGCUGCCCCCAGGUGUCAGAAGAAAACACUGAAAGCAAAGGUCAAAAUGAGAUGUGUGGGGAAAUUAAAGAACCAGCUAAGCAGGACCUUUCAACUUCAAACUAAUUUUUUAUUUAUGAUGGAAUGUUUUACAUCAGUGCAGGUGUAAUCCUUUACAUUAAUUUUCUUAAUUUUUCUUUUUUUUCCCCUGAACAUUCCAACCAUAAAGGACAGACAGUUUAUAUAUGUAUGAACCUGGCAUAUGUCCAAGUGUAAAUGGGUACAAUAGUUGAAAACACUGAUGAUAAGCCUGUAUAAAAGUAUGUCAACCAAUCAGGUAGCUAUAGCGAUGUCAUUAGGGUAGUUUGUUUUGUGGUAGACGUUCCUGACUUUGUUAGGGGUGUGGUACAGCUAUCUGUAAUGGGAUAUCUUUUGGGGUGCAGAUGACUAUAAAGCAGCUCUCGCUCAGGGUGGUAUGUUUGAGGAGUUGCAAAAGUUGCUACAAGCUAAAACGUGUGAUCUAAACGAAUCCAACUCUACACCCUGUGACUGCUAGAUGACGCGUCUCUCUGCUUAUUGUUGGUGGCAGUCUGAACAGAUCGUCAUUAAAAACGAUCUGCGUGUGUUUUGGACGUUGUGUUCUCCAUGGAAUUACUUCGGUCGACGACUAUUUUAUGCAGUGAGUGUCUACCUUAGUAGUAGUUACUGAGUUUACAAAUUAGACAUGAGUCAAUGGGCUUAUUGGACUGGUUCAUUUCGUUGACUACGAUUUUUCGUUGAGUAUUAUUUUCAUUUGACUGGUUUCGUAAAAUAGACUUCAUUGACAACGAAAGUUAACGUAAACUAGAGUGCGUUUCUCAGUGUUAAGUUAUCCAUGUGACCAAAACAAAUAUGGCCGAUUGGUCAGUUUAGCAACAACAAUUUGUUAAUAUAAUUUUGAUUACAUUUCAGAAAAUAAAAAUUAUAAUGUAACUUUUACCCACAUGAAGUCAAAAUAUAAUUGUAGGGUAACAGAAUUCAAAAACUGGAUGAAAACAUUAUUUUUUUACGAAAAACUCAUAAUGCCACAAGCCAAAGCAGCCUUUGAUUAUGCAGCGUGUGUAUGACGAAAACUAUGCAGCCAUUUUGUUUUGUCGAGUAUUUACCAGUUUUCUAUUCGACUGGUUGUCUUUGUUAAGGAGGAUUUUACCCCUGCGCAGGUGGGCGUGAUUUAUCAAACCAGUCAAAUACAACCAAUAAGUAUGAAUUGUCAAGUCUAUUAGGAGCUUACUACAAGCUUUUCAAAUUUAGUAAGAGCUUGUUUGUAUACAAAUUAUAUGAAGUAUUGCAAGCUAGGUGUGUUAUUUAUUUAGACAUGUUUUUAGACUUGUACACAAUGCGAAUAGAAAACUGCCACCAAUUACCCUGAAUACUCCACUACAAGUUUUCUGAUUCUACUAUGAGUUGUCAACUCACUGCCUAUUUUUUUUAAAUGUUCAAAAUUUCUGCCAUGAGUGUAGAGCUGCUAUGAGUCAUUUCUGAUUUGCUCAAAAUGUCCAACAGGUUUUUCCCCCAAGUUUGGCAAAAAACAACAAAAUUCAUAGGUGGGGAAAAACCUAGGUUUUGAGGGCUGUUUAAGGUAUAUUACCUACUGUAUAAGAGUCAAUUCAAUUGGCUCAUUUAGUUUCAUUCUGUUAUUGACAUAUAUUCAGGAUAUGAAUAUUUUUCAUUUUUUCCUUCUGUUAACAUGUUUGCUUCAGAUUUAGUUAGCAGAUGGCACUAUAUAAAUUUCUAUUAUUUCUAUGAUUAUUAUUGUUAUCAUUAUUAUCUGUAUUAUUCUGCAUGCCUGGCUGUAAUUACAAAGCAUUGUACAUUAUUGUUAAAUUAUGAUUUUUUAUUCAUGAUUAUUGCCCGAUUAUUGUGGCAGGCAUGAAAGAAAGAUUGGGCUGGAGAUGCACAGCUUGUUUUGUAUUCUCUUGUAAAUU